AGAGGGGAAGCGCGCCGUUCCGGGCCACCCCGCCGCGGGGCACGGGCUCCCACCCACGGCCGCGGCGGUCUCCCGCCCCCGCUUCGCGCCUCUAAUAAAAAGCGAUUCUGCCCCGGUUCAGCGUUGUAUCCUCCACAGCGGUGAGCCCGAGGACGUCACUGUCCGGUGUAGAACGUGGGCUCCGUUCUGUCCUGGGCCAUUGUGUUUCUGGGAUCCUCGGAGCCUGUCAGGGUUCUUGGUCGCCCUUCGUCGUGAAGGAUUCUGGGCCCCGUCCGCACCCGCCUGCCCGUGUGUCCUUGGAGAUUAGGGUUUAUUUGACUUUUUGAGAGACCAUCCCGAGAUACCCCUGAUGUCGGUUCUACCUAAAAUGAUUUUGUCCCUAGCCCCAGACCCUGUUCCCAGGAACAAAGCCUUAGGAAGAGGACUCCCACCCGGAAGAUCGCCCAGGAGGAAGAGCCCGAGCGAGGGCAGACCCUCCCUGUCAUCCUUGGCUUCACCCAGAAGCCACCCGAAACUAAGAAAAUGGGAGGUUUGAGCUCCUCCUUCAUUGUUCUCUACAUGUUUCCUAGAGCAGCAGAAAAUGAACAGAUCUCAGGGGUCAGUGUCAUUCAGGGACGUGACCGUGGGCUUCACUCAGGAGGAGUGGCAGCAACUGGACCCUGCGCAGAGGACCCUGUACAGGGACGUGACGCUGGAGAACUACAGCCACCUUGUCUCAGUGGGGUAUUGUGUAACAAAGCCAGAGGUGAUCUUCAAGCUGGAGCAAGGAGAGGAGCCGUGGUUAGAGGAAGAAUCCCGAAGCCAGAGCCACCCAGCUCUACAUUCACACCUCUCCAUGCUUUUCCAAGACCAAAAGAAAAUGAACAGAUCCCAGCAUUUAAUCAUCCAUACAGCAAAUAUUUAUGCAGCAUAUACCAUGUACUUGAUACUCUUCUAUGUCCUAGAAGAUCAGUUGUGAAUAAAGGGGUCAGUGUCAUUCAGGGACGUGACUGUGGGCUUCACCCAGGAGGAGUGGCAGCACCUGGACCCUGCCCAGAAGACCCUGUACAGGGAUGUGAUGCUGGAGAACUGCAGCCUCUUCAUCUCAGUGGAUUGAAGAACUGGACACAGGCAAGGAAAGAAGCAAUGGCUUCCUGGGGACAGAGCCAGGGCCCCAGACAAGAAGAGCCUGUUUUGGAGAGCCGUGAUGACCAGCCUGCUGCCCCCUGCCCUGGGCAAGAGUCCAGCCCAGGGAACCCUGGAGUGAGGAGCAUGAACAUGGCCCUGACUCCAUCCGUGAUGCCCAGGGCAAACUUGGGACCUCCUUUGGCUUUGCGCAGUUCACCAUCUUCCUCUGGUGGCCUCACCACCCAACUACAGCCUCCAACCACUCCCUCACCUUCGGCAUUUUCUCCUGGUGAAAGGUCUGGGGAAUGGGGGAAUUGGGAACAAAACUCCAUCCCUCUUAGGUCCCUGGCAGACUCCUACAGAGGAGACAUAGGGCUUUCUCAGCAACUGGACCGCAGACUCUUGCAGCAGUUGUUGCGGGAAUGUCCUGAAUGGGAGCAAUUAUUGAAUCCAACGCUCAAGACACUUCUACAAAGUUUUCUAAAAUCCCAGCACCCAAGGAAUCCCCAGGAGAUACUUCUCAGCCUGAGAGAUCCACAGUCAGAAAUGAGAAAGCUGCUUCACUGGCUGCUAGGACAGUUUCCUUACUGGCCGAUACUCUUAGAUCAGAGCCUCAGGAGGAUACUUCAGCAGUAUGUUUUAUCUCGGGAGCAGCAGCCUGGCCAGGGAGGGCAGCAGGAGCAGACCCUGCAGGCCUGUCUGCCCAGGUCCCACCAGUGGCAGCAGCCCACCCUGGGAGGGCAGCAGUCGCAGCCGCUGCAGGUCUGUCUGCCUUCCUUCCAGUGUCUGCAGCAGCCUGCCCAGGGAAGACAGCAGGCUGCCCAGGGAGGGCAGCAACCACAGAUGCUGCAGGCCUAUUUGCCCAUGUUCCAGUGUCUGCAGCAGCCCGCCCAGGGAAGGCAGCAGGGACAGACGUUGCAGGCCUAUUUGCCCACGUUCCAGUAUCUGCAGCAGCCCGCCCAGGGAGGGCAGCAGCCACAGACGCUGCAGGUCUAUCUGCCCAUGUUCCAGUGUCUGCAGCAGCCCACCCAGGGAGGGCAGCAGGUGCAGACGCUGCAGGCCUAUUUGCCCACAUUCCAGUAUCCACAGCAGUAUGCCCAGGGAGGGCAGCAGGCACAGACGCUGCAGGCCUGUUUGCCCAUGUUCCAGUAUCCGCAGCAGCCUGCCCAGGGAGCACAGCAGGCACAGAUGCUGCAGGCCUAUAUGCCCACGUUCCAGUACGUGCAGCGGCCCCAGGUACCUCGGCCUGGCAUGAGAGGGCAGCAGGGGCAGAUGCUGCAGGCUUAUCUGCCCUCCUACCAGCAAUGGCAGCAGCAGCCUGAAUUGGAGGGGCAGCAGCCACGGAUGCUGCAGGCCUAUCUGCCCACAUUCCAAUAUCCGCAGCAGCUCAGUUCAGCUGACCAGCAGCCACGAAGGCUACAGACCCAUCAUCCUCCACACCAGGGCAGUGAUGGUUGACACUGAGCCUGGUAGGGAAAGGCAGCUGCCGACUCUGCCAGUCCAAUGCAAUGAUGUCACCAAUAGUCCCUACAUAAAGAGUCCUUUGGAGACCUCUCUCCGGACUCAUAAACCCACACGUGGACCUUACCCUCUUCUUCAGCUGCAGAAUUUGUGGCAGCCCUUGCAGUCUCUGAAAUCGUGAAGGCAUUGCCAGUUCUGGAGCUUCUGAAACCACUUUGUGGACCCAGGAGCAGGUUUAUACUGGCUGCAAAGCCCAUGAGGCUCUCAACCACAGGAUGGCCAGGUGCCUCCCCAUCAAAGGUCCUAGACAUCAUCUCUGAGGCAGAAACUGGCCAGGAGGUUCCUAGAAGCACGCUCUCUCCCGCCAUCCUCAGCUGUCUGUGCUGCUGAGAGAGCUGAGGGGUCCAUCAUCCCCGGUUGCUUCUGGAACAACGUCAGGGUCACCAUGCACAACUCCUGCCUGAGAUGGAAAUGUUCAUUCAGUUGAAGAGUUUAAUAGUUUUCUAAAGGACAGCUCUCUAGCCCACAUAGCCUCACAGCUGCAUAUCUGUAGGGGUAACGGGACACAUGUCUUCUCUGUGCAGCCUGUCGCUGCUGCUGUUUUAUUAAAUUACCAUUUUAUUGUUGCUGAAGUUAAACUUCAAGGGCUGUUGGAGUUAUGCCCCCUACUCAGCAUUCCUUUUAGAUACAGGGUUCAACACGAGACACGGGAAAAGCAGCGUGCACCCCAACUCGUUCUUCUAAUGUGGGACACAAAGUCUUUAUUUCUAGGAGAAAUCAUUGCAAAGUUCACCUUGGACUUGGAGGAGAGCCCGUGUUUAAGGGCCGUACCCUGUGCUAAGGGAGUUAGCCCAGAAGAGGGUGUGGGUCAUACUGUGGCUUUCUUUUUUUUCUCUAGUGAAUCAGUAAAGCUGUUACAAGUUGUUUCUCUGAGUUGCUGGAUUCUCUUGCUGCUCCAUGGCCCCCACCACAUCAGAUGUCAGAACCAGGCACUUUUCCCUUGCCAACUUACCCUGUCAGUCUUGUCUCCCUUUCUUUACAUGCCUGUUAAAUGGGUCUAAUGGCUAAGUCUUGAUCAGGGCCUCUCAUUGUACCUCAUUCAUGCCUUUGCUUAUGACUUCCCUUCAGCCAGGAAGCUACUGUUGUUUGUUGUUGCUGCUUGUUUUAGUUUUUUUAAAAAUCUUUUUAUUGAAGUAUAACAUCUGUAGAGAAAAGUGCCCAAAUUAUAAGUGUACAGUUCAGUUGUGAAGAGUCCCAGGGGGCCUCUCCCAGUUCCUUACCCCUCCAGUGUUAACUGUUAGCCCAACUUCUAACCCAUGGGCUGUUUUUGCCUAUUUUUGAUAUGUUAUUAAAUCCCCAAAACCAAGGAGAAGUUUUGCUUGGCUUGCUGCCACCAGGGAGGGCACAUUAGAGAAACCAUGAGUGGAUCUUGGUAGGAAGAGGGAGCAGGGAGAGGCUUCUGAGAGGAUUAGGCUAGGGUUGAAUAAUUCCAAGGAGAAGUGGGGAUCAGUUCUAAGCUGGUUGCUUUCAAGAGGCGAGGGCAGCUUAGUAAUUAGAAAUCUCAGUAGUAUGUGUUUGGCAGGUGAGAUUAGCAAAGCAGGCUGGGCAUUUUUGGUGGAAAAAGCAGUAAUAACUCAAGAGAGUCGUUUUGAAGCUUCACAUCCACAGCAUGACCUUGGAGAAAUGUUUUCUGUUACCCUUGCAGAUGGUUUUAUCUGUGUUAUCAGAUAUUAGAUAUAGAUAACAGGCAAAGAUGAUUUGAUUUUUACUUUGAGUACUAGGCUAAUUUU